UGGCAGCGAAUAUGUGAUCUUUUCCGCACCCUCUUUUGCAAGAAAGUGAGAGAGCUUUGGGGCUUAAGCAGAACGUCUCUACUUAGCUGUAAAUGGAAUCACGAUGUACUUUGGAGGAUUGGGAUUUUAAUACUAUCAACGUUUUUUAUUUUGAAACUGAUCAUACUACCUCAGUUAAAUUUUAAUGGAGGGCAAAGACAAGCAUAAGGAAUGGGCUCAUUGACUUCUCUUGUUAUCGUGGAUAUCUGGAUGUAUUAAUUCAUGGAUGUUGCAAGUGCAUAUGUGGUUAUAAAUUGAAAUGUGCGACGAUAUCAGAGACAGGUGGCAUGCUGGAGAGAAGUGUCUUGCCCCAUCUCCUGAAAGUGGGAAACUUUGUGAAGCCACAAUAAAGUCAGUUGAAACAGACAAGAAUGGGAAAUCAUUUGCGAUUGUAUCAUUUUGGGGAUCUGAAGAAAAGAACAUAUUAAUAACAAAACUCUGUAAAGCCAGAGCUGGUAAAGAUCCCCGGAAUAGCUUAAUAUUUGAUGAUGAAGAUUUGGAAAAGCCGUAUUUCCCUGACCGAAGGCUUCCGUCUCCUGCAGUUGCUUUUGAGUUAUCUGUAGAUGGGGACUGUAUCCCUUAUACAAUUAAUAGGUAUCUGCGUGAUUAUCAAAGGGACGGGGUUCAGUUUCUCUAUGGACACUAUGCUCGUAAAAGAGGAUGUAUUCUUGGAGAUGACAUGGGACUUGGAAAAACAAUACAGGUCAUUUCAUUUCUGGCUGCAGUACUAUGCAAAAAGGGAACACGUGAAGAUAUUGAAAACAAUAUGCCAGAGUUUUUGUUGAGGACUGUGAAAAAAGAACCACCAUGUAUCCCCAAAAAGACUUUCCUAAUAGUGGCCCCUCUUUCUGUGCUUUAUAACUGGAAGGAUGAGUUGGACACUUGGGGCUAUUUCAGGGUCGCUAUUUUACAUGGCAAUAGAAAGGACAAUGAACUGAGUCGCAUCAAGCAGGGAAAGUGUGAGGUUGCUCUAACGACAUACGAGACGCUUCGCCUGUGUUUGGAUGAACUUAACAGCCUAGAAUGGUCAGCUGUCAUUGUAGAUGAAGCACACAGAAUCAAGAAUCCAAAGGCUCAAAUAACCCAAACUAUGAAGGCUUUAAAAUGCAGUGUUCGUAUAGGUCUUACUGGAACCAUUCUUCAGAACAACAUGAAAGAACUAUGGUGUGUCAUAGACUGGGCUAUACCUGGACUUUUGGGUAGUAGAACACAUUUCAAGAAGGAAUUUUCUGAUCCAGUGGAGCAUGGCCAGAGGCACACCGCAACUAAAAGAGAGCUAGCAACAUGUCGAAAGGCCAUGCAGAAGCUAGCAAGAAAAAUGUCUGGCUGGUUCCUGAGACGUACUAAGGCUUUUAUUAGUGAUCAGUUGCCAAAGAAGGAAGACAGAAUGGUAUACUGUUCCCUGUCAGAGUUCCAGAAACAAGUAUAUCAAGCUGUGUUGGCAACAGAAGAUGUGAGCUUAGUACUGCGAGCACGGGAGCCCUGUAGUUGCAGCAGUGGCCGUAAAAGGAAGAAUUGUUGUUACAAAACAAAUGCCCAUGGUGAAACAAUGAGGGCACUGUAUUUCAGUUACCUGACAAUCCUUCGGAAGGUUGCUAAUCAUACUGCUCUACUACAGACCGAGAACACCAGCAAACAUCAGGAAGAACAUAUCAAAAGAGUAUGCAACCAGGUAUUUUCUAAGUUUCCAGAUUUUGUCCAGCUGAGCAAAGAUGCAGCCUUUGAAACAAUUUCUGAUCCAAAGUACAGUGGGAAAAUGAAGGUACUUGAACAGCUUUUAAAUCACUUCAGAAAAAACAAAGAUAAAGUUCUUCUCUUCUCCUUUUCCACCAAGUUGCUAGAUGUGCUGGAACAAUACUGUAUGGCAUCUGGGCUAGAUUACCGAAGACUUGAUGGAAAUACAAAGUCAGAGGACCGGGUCAGGAUAGUGAGAGAGUUCAAUAGCAUGCAAGAUGUUAACAUUUGCCUUGUUUCUACAAUGGCUGGUGGAUUGGGUCUCAAUUUUGUUGGAGCCAAUGUCGUUAUAUUGUUUGAUCCAACAUGGAAUCCAGCAAAUGAUCUUCAAGCCAUUGACAGAGCCUAUAGGAUUGGCCAGUGCAGAGAUGUGAAAGUGUUUAGAUUGAUAUCCUUGGGGACAGUGGAGGAGAUGAUGUACUUACGGCAGGUUUACAAACAGCAACUUCACUGUGCGGUAGUUGGAAGUGAAAAUGCCAAGCGAUAUUUUGAGGCAGUGCAAGGAUCAAAGGAACAUCAAGGAGAGCUUUUUGGGAUCCAUAACCUCUUCAAGCUUCGAACCCAGGGGUCCUGCCUUACAAAAGACAUCCUGGAGAGGGAGGGUCAAGUGGAAGCAGGAGUCAAGACAGCCACUACAUGGCUAAAGGAGGAGCCACCAACAUGCAGAUUAGAAAUGCAUUCAGAGCCAGGUUGUGAAGAAGAUAAAGCUCCUCUCAAAUCUAGGGAACAACUGGAGAAAGAGGAAUUUGAUUUUUAUAGUGACUUUAGUGAUGAUGAUGAACUUGUGGGAAGCUCAAGAACAAAAAAAAGCAGAUUUUGCAAUGCAAAUGACAUGCUAAUUUCAAAGAAACAGCUUACCUUAAUGCAGUGUGGUUUUCCUAAACUGUUAGAGAGAGAAACUAAAGCUACUGAGGUCAUUGAUAGUAAUGCUGUAUCUGAUCAAGAAAGCACAGAUGCCUUGUCUGUGGGCCAAAGAUCAAAUGUAGAUGUCAAGUGCAUUGGUCUUCAGAAAAGUAGAAGCCAUAAUAGUAUUUUGAGACAUCGGAGAACCACUGAGUCACCAAAUAGAACUGAAAAACAAGAUAUGCAUUGUGUGAUUGUAGCCCCAGAUUGGCCUGUUUCAUCUGACUCUGGGAUAAAAAAGGACAUUGAAAAUAAAAAUAAAGAUCAGUGCAUUUCAAACGAAAUUGGUGUAGUCAUGGAGACUGAAGGCAGCUCAGAAGAGAGUGAUGAUAUCAUCUUUCCUUCCCAAGUUCCAGCUCACCAAGAAACUGCUCCUGCUAAAAAUGUUAAAAGAUAUGAGGCUGUAUCAGAAAAAUUGGAAGAGUCAGAUACAGAAAAGACCACUAAGUGUACACGUAAGGGAGACGCUUUGGCCUGUAAACAAUCUCUGUUCUGUAAUAGUGGGUCAAUCUUCACCAAAACAAAGUCUUGGAAAAAUGCCCAAAAAACCACAACAUAUGUGAAAGGCACUAGUGAUAUAAGUGAUGAGUCUGAUGAUCUUGAAAUACCGCUGUGGUCCAAAUCAAGAAACCAGAAAGCCUUCACUGCUCUUAGGUUGAAACAAAAAUGUGACCGAAAUAAGGAGUUCUGUAACUCUUCCAAAACUGUGCUGCAGGCGAACAAGCCAAACAAUGGAGAAAAGGAAACGGAUUCACAGAAUAUAGGUGAAUUUUCAUCCUCUGAAGAUGAUUCACCAGUCAAGAAAAUUCACUUAAGUAAGCAAAGCCAUAAGGACAAAAAACAGAGACGCAGAAUUCAGUUUGACCCCAAAUCACCCUGCCGUGUUAGAGGUGCCUCAGUUACAGUGUCGACACCCAGUCACUCUCAUGUGCACAAGACCUCUAUAAGUAAGAGAGCAUGUGUCAAUCAAGAAGAAAAUGUGGGAUCACUGGACAAUUUUUUAGGUGGUGUUCAAGAAGUGGCUUAUAUUCAUUCAAACCAGAAUGUGGUUGGAUCAAGCAAGGCUGAGAAUCAGAUGAGUAACUGGGCAGUGAGAGAUGUGUUUGAGUUGAAGCAGUUUUCCCAGCUCCCUGCUAAUAUAGCAGUCUACUGUGCCAAGAGAGAGACGGAAACCCAAGAAGCCAUAUCAGCAAAAAAGAACAUUAAGAGAGAACAGCAAAUAAGUGACAACAGUAAGCAGUCUCACCUUUGUAUUGUACAUCCUGCAAUUCAGAAGAAAAAAAAGGUACACAGAAUAGGUGCAACCACCUUCUUGAUUGGAGAGACCCCCAAAAGCAUUCGCAGGAAACAGUUUGAAGAAAUGGUAUCCCACUUUAACAUGGCUUCAGUUGAAGAACUUGCAGAAUAUAUUGCAAAAGCCACUUCAGAAGCACGACAGAAAAUGUUGAGAGAUUUUUAUGCUAGAAAGUAUCCAGAGUUAGAGGACCUAUUUCCAGUCAAAGUUCCAGUACAUGUUUCAGAUGGGUGUGAGGAAGAAGAGGUGUAUACAAGUCGUCGUAGAAAGAGAAGAGCCAUGAUAAAAUGUGGACAAUCAAGGUCUGGUCCUUCAGCUAAAGAUCCUCCCUUCGUGACUGCAGAAAUAUGUAGCCAAAAAAGACACAAAGGAGAAGCAAAACAGUUUCACAAUGAUUUCUGCAUACAGGAUGCUGUGUGCCUUAAUUCAAAAGAUAAACAGUUGUCCACUGUCAAUACCCAAAAUAGCAUCAGUGGGAGAAACAGUCAACCAUUCAAAGAUUUUAUGGCAACUGACUCAGUAAGCAGUAAAUCAGAAAUAAUUGAAGUGUGCUCUGUAAAUAUCACUAAAGGACAGCAGGACUCAGAGGGGACAGAAUCUCCAAGAAAAAGAUCCCUGUCUCAGUCAGAAAACAGAGAGAGAGAAACUCAGACUUACAAGAAAAACUCUUUUGUAGACUUACUAGGAGACACCUCUGUUCUCAAUGACCUCUUCAAAAGUAAUGGAAACAGGCCUACAGAGCUGCCAAGAUCUCUUUCAGGGCCUGCAGAAAAAGCAAAAGAACGACCAAAAGACUUCUGGGAUGUACUGGAUGAGCAGAAUGAUGAGAGUCUCAGAAAGCUCACAGACAUGGCAGUCAUAGAGGAGUUGUGUGAAAGAGCACCUCCUGUUGCUUUGACAAAAAAGAAAGAAGUUCAUGAAAGUUCUCUUUGGAAACAAAAUGAUAAUUUUUUAUGGAAAAAAUAUAAUCUAAGUGAUUCAGAUGAGUCUACAUCUGGUGCACACACCUUUUGAUGUCUAGAUAUGAAUGACUGAUCUUAAAGCUCAGGGAUGAUGUGUAAUUCCAUGGGAGAGGGUGACGACAGCUCCUCCAGGAACUAAGAACAGCGUGGGAUGAUUGGGAAAAUUCACUCAGGCUUUAACACGUUCAAAGAAGGGCUGCCACCUGGAGAGGCUCACAUGUGCUGGUUCAAACUGGAUUCUCCAGAGACCAACAGACGAAGGACUUUUGGAUAGAUGACCUAUGUUUAAGGACUCAGGGCCUUCUGUCUGAUUCAGUAAGUGGACAGGACCCUCUGUCCAAGGGAGUCCCCAAUCCUUCCUAGGAAGGGUUGGAAGGACUUUGGCCCUCCAUAAGACUGAUGAGUGACCUCUGGUCAUCUUUUAGCAUGUGUAUAGGAAACUUUAGUUUUAUAUGUUUUCUCUGUAAUGCUUUCAUCUUCAGAAUAAAUGUUCUUGCUUAUAAAGAGCUGUGAGGUAGCUCAUAACUGCUGGCAAUUAUGUUGUUCAUAGCCUUUACAGAGAAAGCAAAGCACACACACUGGCUUGUUUAGGCAGCCUGGCUUGCUGGAGAUAAGUGUAGGCAGGGAACUGUACAGUGUGGAAAAUCCCCAGAGGGGAGAGGGAGAGACGGCUCUCCACCCAAAAGAGGUGAUGGCUUAGGAGCCAGGGACCACAGAGGGGGAAUACAAGUGCAAUUGCCCCGAACUGUGACAGUUAUGACACAUGACCUUGGUGAGAAUGGUAUAGCUGUUGCUGUGGCAUAUUCUCAGCUCUUUUCUGUUUGGAAUUUAAUAUUCUCUUCCCCUUGCAUUGGGGAUAAUUGUUUUAUGCUGUCAUAGGGUUUUGGUUUUGGAUAUUGCUGUUCUAGUUUCCUGACACUUAGCUGUGUCGUAACUACUUCAGGGUUCUGUUUUACUUCAGAAGUUUAUUAAAUGUUAGCAGUAAGGGGUUUUGUCCUUCACCUCAGGAACUUCUCAACUGGUGAGUCCCAUAACACAUUGUGAGCUGUUAUAAUAUGCUACGAAUGCUAAGUAUGGCAUAAACCAGCAAGAUCAAGCUGUGGCAGUGGAAAAUCUGUUUGGUGGGAAAGUACAGUGCACAAGCCACCUACAACUUCAGCUCAGCUAGCUGAGCUGUAGCCAGCUGGCACUGCCCAGGAAGUGGGUUGGGUCAAGACAGUGGUGAAACAAACUUAUUCAAUACAUACCACAUUCAGUCUCCAUCAGCGGGGUUUCUGUGGAGCUCUGGAUAAAGUGCAAUAGUGGGGGGAGAGUAAUGUGGUACUGCCACCUGCUGCCUAAGAAUAAAUCCUCUCUGGGGCAGGUGCCUGCAUUGGAGUAGGAUAUGCAGUUUGCCUCUUGCAACCUGAGCCUGUCCAGAUUCUCGUUUAUGGCAGUAUACACCCAUAUGCCUUUCUGACAUGCCACAGGCCGAAUAUUAUGCACAGUUCAGAUCCAUCUUAGAAGGCUGUGUAUUUAAAUAGAUCUAGUCAGAGCAAAGCCCUAUAAAUUUCCUGACAAUUUUUUAUAAAAUAAUUACAUCCAGUUUCUAUGACUUCAGUGACUAGCACUUUACAUGCAAAAUAGCUUCAAAUCUCUAACACCCAAAUUACCUUCUUAAUAAUCUGUGCUUAAAUGAUUCAGAACAGAUGACUGCAGGGAAUUAUGAUUAAAUGUCAGAAUGUGAUGCUUCACAAUCUAAAGAAAAUUGUAUAUGACCAUCAUUCAUAUAUAUAUAUUAUACCACACUAGGGACAUAGUGGUACUCCAAAUUUUGUUUUCAUUUAAAGUAAACACUCAAAAUGUAUGUUUUAAAUAUCUUCUGAAUGCUAGUAACAUAGUUCUUGAAAUCAUAGAAUAUCAGGGUUGGAAGUGACCUCAGGAGGUCAUCUAGUCCAAGCCCCUGCUCAAAGCAGGACCAAUCCCCAGACAGACUUUUGCCCCAGAUCCCUAAAUGGCCCCCUCAAGGAUUGAACUCUCAACCCUGGGUUUAGCAGGCCAAUGCUCAAACCACUGAGCUAUCUCCUCCCCCAGUCCAACAACUCCCGCAGGAGGCAAAUAAAUCAGAUCUAAAGUAUUGACAUGAUUGUAGAUGAACUUUUUGAUCGGCCGGUAGUGCUAAUGUAAGAACAUUUUGAGAUGUUACUAAUAUACAUGUAUUCCAGGUGUACACUUAAAAUCAUGAGAAACAGAAAAUGAAAAAUUAUUCUUUCAUUUAUAUUCCUGUUAGUUCCCAAAGAAGAUAUGUGAAUCUUUGCACUAAUGGCUCCAUCACCCAGGAGUUGCAUUCAUUAGAUUCUAGGUAAAACAUAAAGGUAUCUAUGAUGCUUAUUGCACACUGGCCUCCAUUGAGGGGGGCAGGGUACAGCAGGACCAGCCCUGGAGGAACUCUGGCAAGCAUUUUGCCUUCAUGAUGAUGAAUAGCUACUGGUCUAUGGAUGUAGAAUACCUUCGGGAACUCUCUAAUGCACGUGAGGACACCAUACUCCUAGUACAGUGUAAGCCCUAUUGCAUGUUUGUCCCACUAUGUGGGCCAGUGAGAAGGGAGUUUGGGGCCAUGUGAGUCCCCUGCCUGGAGUGCAUUGAGACAAGUCCCUGCAGUCCCCAACCUGCAUUCUGACAGGUCCCUGUGCUGGGGUGGAGGGUCCUUGUGCGCUCCCCCCACCUUUAUGCUAGUAAGGAUGGCUGUAUGCUCGUGAGAAUCUGCCCCAUAGGUGUUUCAGCCAAAAGAAGUAGCAAAUACAGGAUCUGAAUACAAAUGUCCCACAACAGGUAGCUAUGGCCUUCUACAUUAUUGCCAUACUAAGGCUGCAAAAUCAAGCUGUCAAAAUCAAGGAAUGUAUAAUUAAGAUAGUGUUUAACCAUAACUCUGCACCUUUGUGCAUGUGUCACACACAUAGACUAUGUUUUAGAUCACUUAUAUUGUUAAAUACCAUGAGAGGUCAUAUAAACUGUAAUUUCUUAUUUAGUCAUAUCUGAAAUACAUAUUCGAAGUACCCUGCCUUACUAUUCUGUACUAGAGCCUCUGCACCUUAGCUAAUAUAACCUAAUAGAACUAAAUAAAUUGGAGAUGAAAACAUGA